AACGAUUUUUUAACUGAGAAAAAGAGCCAGUUUUUUAAAUUACUAUCCCAGUGAAUUUUGCCUUUUUACCAAGAUUUGCGACAGAACAGUGUGUUUGCAACGUUACUUUACCCCUUUGCACACCGAAAAUCAGUAACCAUGUUUUCGCCAGCAAUUCGUGUGUUCUCACAAGAAAAUGCAGAGACUGUCCCCAAAAAGCCAGGAGCUACUAACAUAGUCACAAGAAAGCCAUUCAUCGAUAGAGCCGUUAAUGCAGCCUCACCUGAUGUGAGAACCCUGAAAUCUGAGCCUUUUAAGAGAACACCAUUAGUGAAAGUUCAGAAACAGCCAGAACUGCUGUUGGACAGCGAAGACGACGAUUUGUUCAUCUAUGACUCCUUUUCUUAUGUAGAAUUUGAAGAUAAUUACAUUGACACACAGUUUUUCUGUGGAAAAAAAUCGCUAAAUAUACACCGUCCUAUCUUCAGUGACCGAAAAACGCCACCGCCAAAACUAGAGUUAGAUGUUGAUAUUUUCAUCAAAAUGCCAGAAUCUAACUUCCGUUUUAAUUCUGAAGACUUUGAUGAUCAACUUCUAGAACUGAGUGUUGAAGACGUAUCACUUCCACAAAUUGACUUGAAUUAAAAUUGUUCUUUCCUCUUGAGUUUACCAAAUAAAUUUCUGAUUAAAUUAUA